AAACGAUGCAACAUCAAAUGACAGGGAUAAUCAACCACGUGAUAGUGCCUGACAUAAAAAAGGUCGCGUUUCUCUCAUCAUCAUCAUCAUCCUUCAAUUUACCUCGACUUUCUCACAUCUCCUUCACACCCCAAAGCACGGUUUCCAACACAUGAACCAUUUUGGAACUAAUGUCCUCGGACUGCGAUGAUUGUACCUUCGGCCAGUAUGUGGUCUACUGGCUGGUCUAUUAUAGCUGGCACUGGAUCCUACUCUGGAUCUACGCAGGCUGGUGGGACGACUCGAGGAUCCCUCGCCAUUUAUCACUAGAGCCUCCACCAAACGCAAUAUCCUGGCUGGAAAAGAAAGGACAUCUGCAUUCGAAGAAAGAUGCUCGCCGUCUUUUCAUCAAACACCUCAUUCUUUUGGCUUUAGAACCAGUAGAAGGAUACUGGAUAUUGACAGAAUGGUACCGAGCAUGGUUACCGGGAUGGACAAUGAAAGCCCCAGAUCCCCAUGACAUUGGGUUAAAUUUCGCUCGAUAUAUAUGUUUGGUUGCCUUUCCGGUAGGGCUGGUUGUGUUUUCGCUGGUAGGGGUGAUAUUGAUGGUAUCCACCGUGACGCAUCUGCGGGAGUUGUGGUCUUGGGAACCGGGGAAUGGGCAGGGAAUGGAAGAGGAAAAUGGGGAAAAGCGUUGACAGUGGUAGGGAUCGAGUUGGGGCUAGCCAUUGAGCAGCAAGCACCUUUUUU